GACACUGGCAGUGCAGAAUAGUACAAGGCAACGCCAGGUCCGUGUAUUUCGUGCGCUUUGUUAACUCUUCAUCAGAAUCGAGACCAAAAUGCUGGCCGUUCUUGCUUCGUUGCUCCUUGUGGCUCUUGUCAACGCGCAGAGACCCGUACCAUGCGAGAGCCCUCUAGUGUGGAACGGACGUCAAAUGACGCUUGAUCGAGAAAAGGAAUUUUUUGUGUUGGGAAGAAUAAGCUACGAUGCUGAAAAUGAAAGGAUUAGUAUCGUUGAAGAAGUGGAUUUAUUUCAGAAAGGAAAAAAGUAUUUCUACGAAUACAUUUUAUUGCACAAAGAGAAAGUCAUGUACCAAAUCGAGCUGAGUGUCAACAAAACGGGCAAGUGUAAGAAGAUAGAACUCACCGAACCCUUCCACAAGUUUGAAAUACCGGAAAAUGCCACAUUUGUUGCAGAAGGAACCAUUGGCUCCAAUGCCCUACCAGGUGCAGGAGUGAAUGUGCAGCUUUUCGCGGGAGAAAUCCAAGGAGAUAAAUACUCCGUGACGGUUACUGAAGUAGGUUGUCUUCCAGUUCAUGAAAAUAUUGAAACCAAAUCGGCCGGUGUCAUGCAUACCAGCUUUUUUAAUCUUGAACUUGGGGUGGACCCUGAGCGGUUUGUUCCUCCAAGGGAGUGCGAAUAGCCGUGGACGACUUAAGGAGCAUGCGCAGCUUUUCAUUGCUAAUGGAUUUGCUGAGAAGUGAUUAGUUUCAGAUCAGAGGCUUUUUUAUUUCUUUCACUGGUCAAAAAAAAACCAGGAAAGAAAACUUAGAAAGGAGCUUGAUUUGUAGUCAAUAGUGAAUCGUUUAAUAAACAUCGUCUGCAAAAAAAUG